ACACUCCUGAGGGUAACCGAGCGUCCACUGCAACUAAACACUUGGAUACCCAACAGCACCCAGUAGACAAAAAAUAUGGUGGCUUCAUUAAAGCGGUAUGGGAGUUUUAUGAAGCGUUAUGGAGGAUUCAUGAAGAAGACUGCAGAGCUAUAUGGGCUGGAGCCAGAGGACGUUGACCAGGGCAGAGUAAUCCUGACUAAUCAUGAUGUUGAAAUGCUGACCAAUCAAGUUGAGGCUGAUGGUAGGAGGGAGGAGGAGGCUCUGACAGACGUCCAUAAUUCAAAGGGAGGAGCACAGGGUGUAAAGGGUAUGGCAAAAUGUUAUGGGGGCUUUAUGAAGAGGGGACCGUUUUAUGACUUGGAGAGUGGGGUUAAGGCACUACAAAAACGAUAUGGGGGCUUCAUGAGGCGUGUAGGUCGACCGCAGUGGUGGCAGGAGUCUAAACGCUAUGGAGACUUCUUAAAAUGCUCCCAAAAGGAAGAUGAAGAUGAAAAUUCAUCAGAAAUAGAAAAGAGGUAUGGUGGAUUCAUGGGAUAUUAAGAUGGUAUUUUCUGCUGUGCCCUAGUCCACUUCCUCUCUAGCCCCUUAGACACCACUUGAGAACCGACAAAGGAAACAUGCUUUAAAUGCGCUCAUAAUGUAUUAAUAAAGUGUUUGUUAUGUCUUUAUUGUGGUAAUAUGAUUUAAUGUGAAUAAGACUUAAAAGACCUCAAAGACCGUGGAUAUAUUGUCUUAACAUUACACAUUGAAUCUGAAUUCAAAAUUAUAUUUACAAGUUGUGUAGCAGAUUUUAAUAACCAGGAUUACCUACUUUUGAC